GGACUAAACGCGUAUACUUCAUUACAUCUUGAACCAAAACAAAAAAUAAAUGGAAAAUUUAAAAUCGUCUUUGGCAAACAUGUUAUAGUUAUAUUGUAAAUGACUGAACAAUGACAGAAAGAAUUAGACAUAGUUUAAUUUCAGCUUAUUCAAAAUUUUGUAAUUUUGUUUUCUUUGUAUAUUACUAUGUCGAAGCAAGACCAUUCAAAAGCCCUGACUUCGUGAGCCAGUGGUAUUACAUAAAUGCUGCCCCCGGACAAGAUCGAAUUGAUGUCUACCAUCACUUACGGGUUACACCAGCUUUCGUCCAAGUUCAAGUCAGAAGUGAUUCUGCGAACAACAACGGAUACAUAUUUCCCGGAAUAGGACUUGUUCCACGUGACGACGACGAGGCAAUUCCGUACGCAGCUGUUUCAUAUAUCUACAAUGAAAGAAUGGUUACCAUAUCAGCAAUGAGUGAAAAUAAUAAUAACCGUGGAAGAGUUUUGUACACAGAGAAUAGCAAGUACUGGGAUGGUCCAAAUGCUGACGACAGCUACGAUGGUUACGUGAGGGUCAGAGCCUGGAAACUUUCAUCAUUUCCAAAACCAGACUUCAAAAUUGAUGGUUUUAAUAUAACAUCAUCAUGUGCAGUUGAAACAGACUGUUUUUAUGAAAAGAUUCACGACUUGAAAGAAUAUCCAAGUAUGGUGAUCGUUCGUACAAAAUUAUCCAAUCCGAACUCGGACUUUGAUGGUUUCAUGUCUGACGCUGUUGGCUCUGGACAGGUGACCUAUGAUAAUGAUAUUGGUAAACAUAGCGGUUAUGUUUUAUUUGGUUUUGAUAUGGAGAGCAUCCGAGUGUGGACAGAUUCUUCGAAAGGCCGCAAUAUAUUCAACGGUGCAGACGGAAGCGCAUUUGAUACAGAAUUUACUUCCGGUCAGUUGGAGAUAUAUGCCUGGAAGCAAGCAACACUGACACCAACAUCCGUUGAGACAAUUCAGUUAGGAGUUGUUCCAGGCAGCGAGUUUGACAAUGAUAAACAUAUUGCUAUAGUAUCUCCAACUGAAAAUAUAGUCAUAAACCUUUGGGCUGAGGCCACGGACGGACCUAAUGCUGGUUUUCGUUUCGUCGCCACUGGUUCUCUUGCUUUUCUCGAUGGACCAAAGUCAUCAUGCAGUUAUGGUGGACUUACAUACGCUUACACAAAUAGCUCCAUUCGAACAUGGAAGCCUGGGUCUGCAAACAUCGGACAAAUAAUACGCAUUCCACGAAUAUAUGGAGGAGGACUAUAUUCACAAUGUUCUAAUCAAGCAGUGUCCAAAGCACAUAUUUGGAUUCCACAAGUGUCGACUUUACAUGCAAACUGCAGCGGGAGUGGAGACUGUUUUGAUAAAAAAUCAGACUGCAUCAAUAAAACAUGUCAGUGUGAAGACGGCUAUUACGUAGACGAUGACAUCUGUCAAAAAUAUCUAACAUGUGAAGAGGAAGUUCCGCUUUUACCCGAUCUAGGGGUACGAGCCAGAAAUUAUUUCAUCGAUCAAUCAAGCACAUCAGACGGUAUAGUAGAUGACAAAUUUCUAAAGCUUUCUUGGUACAAUGUUAGCACGUCUAAAGGAAACUAUCAAAUGCCUGAUUCAACAACAGUGCCGUCGCCUUUUUCCUGUGGAUCAAGAAACCAAAUUUAUGUCAAUGGAACGCAUAUUACAGUUGGAAAUUUAACAAAGAACCCGGUGGAACUGACUGUAUGUUACAAGAAUUGCACAGAAACUUCCUUAGUGUCAGUCAGGAUGUGCCAAGGCUCUCUACAAUAUCAGCUCGGUAGACUUCCCUUCGAAAAGGCAGCCUACUGUUUCGAUCCACCCGAAUUACAAGGCAUUCGAGAUUUUGACCCAGUACCAGCUGUUGACAGAUUUACUUUAAAUUUGGAUGUAGAACUUCACUUCAUGCAUGCACGCCGGCAGUAUCGUCCAUAUCUAACAUUCAAUUGUACACCGUCUGCUGUUUUGCCAGAAAGCCUCUAUUACACUACAUAUUGGUAUCUUGGACCAACAUUAUUCACAGCUAUAGGACCUUCUCGUAGGAUUGAAAACCUAACUGAAGAAAUGCUUAAACAAAAGAAACAAGGACUUGACAUUUAUAUGAGUUGCGGUGUUAGAGUAUCAGCUUCUCAAACUGGUCUUCUAACUAAUUUAACAAAAAGCCCAGAGAAUUUUUACGGAAUAAAGGUACAUAAACCUACUGUGUACAUUAAAAAGGGUCAAAACGCAAAAGUAACAAUUGAGCCAACAGCACCAAUCGGAUGUAUAUAUGGGGAAAAUGAACACUUUAAAGAAACAUGUUAUCAAGACUUCCGCAUGAUUUCUCCUGAAGGAGAGGGUUGUGACUUAACUGGUUUGAUAGAUGUCGAACGGUCUAGACGGUGUGGGGGAAGAAUGAAAGCUUGUAAAUUCAAUGAAACAUGUACAGUGGGGGAAAACUAUUCAUAUGAAGUUACGACAAAAGAUAGAAAUUUCGCAGAUGGACACCAAUUCAGACUGCCUUUAAGGCUUGCUGGCGAUUUGCAUCCUAUAUGGAGAAACCACAGAAUCAAAGAUAUUAUGAUAUAUGUAACCGAUAAUGAUGCCUACAAGUAUAAACAGUGUUAUUCGCAUGUAGAUCCACAUAUGCAGACAGUAGAUGGAUAUCAUUUUGACAACCAGUAUGAGGGUGAAUUCAUCUUAUACAGAAACAUCAAAUACGGUAUUGAGGUACAAGAGAAAACGACAGUUUGUAACCAUGGAAGAGCAUACUGCGCAUGUGCUGUGGCAAUACGUGCAGGUGCAGAUAUUUUCUUGAUUAACACAUGUGGAAGGUUAAAGUUCAUAGGCUUCACUUCCUGUAGUGAUGGCGGAAUUUUAGACGUAAGAAAACGUUCGAGUUUGCGAUAUCAGGUUUUCACACCGAUUGGAACGUACAUAAAUCUUCAAAUGAGACCACAUCCUGGUUACGACAAUUUGAUAAACACGGACAUUUAUAUGGCUCCGAAAGACCUAGGUAAUACAGAGGGACUGUGUGGAUAUUUUGAUAACAUAAAGACCAAUGAUUUAAGAAAACGAAACAACAAAUCAAUUCCAAUAGAUCUUAGAAGGGGAGGACAUCGUCAUCUAGAUUUCUCUCAAGAAUGGAGGCGUAAAAGUUUCGAGACUAGUUACCUUGUGCUUAACCCUGGACAAAUUUCUUCAUGGCAUGCAGAACAGAGAGACAUGUUUUGCUAUUGCGAAAAAGCACUAACUGAUUUCCAAGGCAACAAAUCUAUGGAAGCUACGGCAAAAUGUUCCGCAUCUUUAUAUGCCGGAUGCGAAGAAAAUAAACGGUCGGUCACAAAACAAUUAUGUAAGAAAUUUCAUAAAAGAAAACGUAGAUCUUUAGAAAGAAGUAGUGUGGAACUAGAAAGACGACAACAGCUGGUCUACAAAGAACCGUUUCAAGAACACAAAAGAAAUGACAGAGCUGUCAAUGUCAACAAUAUAACGGAAAAUGAAGCCGGAAAACUUUGCGCAGAUGUAAUCAAUUCUCAACCAGCUGUGAAAACGUUUGGCCAUCGAUUGAAGGGAAUAAGUCCACAACAGGCAGUAGCCGAAUGUACUUUUGACGUUGUUGAAGGCAAUGAUAAAUCAUGGGCUGAUGUCUACCCAAGUGUACUUGAUCAGGUAAUAGAAGCCAAUAAUGAACGCGAUCCAGAGUAUGUUAAAGCUAACGCUGAUGAAGUUGCUAGUUUUAAUCUUCAGUCCUGUCUACGCAACUGCACUGGACAUGGAAACUGUUCGAUCGAAGGAGAAUGCAUGUGCAUAAAUGGGUACCAUGGACCAGACUGUAGUAUUGAUGAAAAUGAUCGUUUACGUAUAGACGAUAUUGAGGGCGGUGGGUUGUGUGACACAGAUAAUGGAAUGGAAGCAUGUCAGUGCCAGUGCCAUCAUUUUCAAACAAAUAACCUUUUAGAAAAGUUUCAAUGCAGAAUUUCUGAGACUUUGAUAUUAGUGAAUGGUUCGGAAAAAUCUUCAGAUUCGACAUUUACCCCUGGCGGGUACCUUGACAUUUACAAUGGCAUGUGCUGUGUGCAUAGUGGUCGAAAGAAACGGGCAGACAUGCCAAUCGAUGUCUUCACAAUUCGAUAUACCAUUUCGAUCAGCAAUAACGGAAGGACAUACAGCGAUGCUGCAACUAUUCAUCUGUUUGAUUCUAAAUGCCAACAGGAGAUCGCUGCUAAUGGAGAGAAACUAUUUGCUUUGAAGGACAACACUUGUUUCAUAUCUGGAUUGUGCAGAGCAGCAAAUGAAACGCUACUUACUGAUAAAUGCCGAGCAUGCCUUCCAUACUAUAAUAAACAUGUAUGGGCAGACAACUGCUAUAAACCAAAUAAAAAAGAGAGCGAUGAAAAGAAUUUGGGAUUUAUACUUGGUAUUUGUGGAGGUCUCUUGGUGUCUGUUAUCGUAUUAAUGAUGAUUUGCAUCUUCAAACGCACGAUUGGCCGUCGAAUGAAAUCAGUUUCGGACGCCGCAAUUUUGGACGUAAAACCACAGAAGGAGAUGGUACAUGCGUAUCCUCGUCUAGAUCCUAAGCUGAUACGCCAUAGAAACAAAGAAUAAAAAAAUGGUCCAAGAGGCAUUCUGUUUUAAAUAUUUGUUACGACAUUCUAGCUUUUCUUCUAUCGAAACAUGUAACACGUUCGAGACGGAUGGAAUGAGAGUGAAGUGUCGUAGUUUGAAUUUCUUAUGAAAUUUUAGAUUAAAGAAUAAAUGAUAACUACAUGUUUCCAUAACUAAUAAAAUGGAAUAAUUAAAAAUUACAUACGGUGAAGCUGGUUUGAUACUCUCUUGGGUUUUCAUUAACUUUGCUACUAUGUUAAGGUAUUAUUAUUAUUUGCAUAGAAACUUUGAUAUAAUUAGAUAUUUCAAUAUGGUUUGUUAAAUGAGACUUUUACUACAGUUUUAUACCUGUGACCCGCAUAACUUUGUUUUUAUGUGUGUAGGAAUAACAACCGAUGUGGUGGACAACAUAAUUAUGAAGCAGUCUUUUAAUACAUGUAUAUCAAAUUAUAAAGUGUGUUUAUAGUCACUUUUAUUAUAAGUUUGUUUAGUACAUUAGUGAAUUUGGAUGCAAAUGACUUUGUAAUACUUUCAAUAAAAAUCUUUGUUUUUAAGUAAAUAGUUAGUUAACGAAAAAAGUUUU